GCCCCCAUUCGGUACUAUCUUUGACAGAAGACAUCUAGUUUCCCCUGUCUCUUUCCCCCGUUGGCACCCCAGUUGUUCAUCCAAACUCCCCCCACCAUUACAACGUUGACCAAGAAUCGUCUUUAGUCAGGUUGCUAGCAGCGCAUCCUCUUGCACUCCCGUAAAGACUUUCUCCGAAAGACGGACAACUAUAUAAGCGAGAUCGGUUGAGUUUGAAACACGUUAGACGAAUUCGUACGAGGAAGACGAACGGGUCAGCUCGUCUUUACGGAUCUUGAUCGUUGAUCUAAUCUUAGCAGAACUAUGAAGUCUGCUAACAAUCGGCCGCCCUUCUUCCAUCUGGUGGCUACCCUUAUUGCUACCGCUGCUGUUUUUACCUCCGUUUGCGGUGAAGCACCAAUUUCUGGUAGUUACUUACCACCCUCGACGAGUUAUGGAACACCUAAUCUAGGUGGUGGUGGAGGAGGAGGAGGAGGUGGUGGUGGAGGAAUAUCAACGAGCUACGGUGCACCAAGCGGAGGUGGAGGAUGUGGAUUUGGAGGAUGCGGAGGUGGUGGUGGCGGUGGUGGCGCACCAUCUGGUAGUUAUGGGGCUCCUAGUCCUGGUGGAUAUUCCGGAGGUGGUGGUGGAAGUGGUGGUGGUGGCGGCGGUGGAUUGUCUGGCAGUUAUGGGGCACCACCAUCCUCUAGCUAUGGAGCACCAUCAAGAGGUGGUGGUGGCGGUGGCUAUUCCGGAGGAGGUGGUGGAGGAGGAAUAUCGAGCAGUUAUGGGGCACCAUCAGGUGGAAGGCCUUCGUCGAGUUAUGGAGCACCAUCAAGCGGUGGUGGAUUUGGUGGCGGUUUCGGUGGUGGUUUCGGUGGUGGUGCUGGUGGUGGAAGUGGUGGAUACUCAGGUGGCGGCGGCGGUAGACCAUCGUCGAGUUAUGGAGCACCAUCGAACGGAGGAGGCAGACCAUCUUCCUCUUACGGGGCACCCUCGUUCGGAGGUGGUAAUGGCGGUGGUAGCAGCUACUCUGGUGGUGGCGGUGGAGGUUUCGGAGGAGGCGGUGGUUUCGGUGGUGGCAGCGGUGGAUACUCGGGUGGAGGAUCACCAUCCUCAAGUUACGGAGCACCCUCGCGUGGAGGCGGAGGUGGUGGAUACUCCGGUGGUGGAGGUGGCGGACCAUCUUCCAGUUACGGUGCACCUUCCUUUGGUGGUGGCAGCGGAGGUGGUUUCGGUGGGGGCGGAUCCGGUGGUUAUUCCGGAGGCGGUGGCGGUGGCAGACCAUCGUCCAGUUAUGGUGCACCAAGUUUUGGAGGAAACGGUGGUUCCGGAGGUGGUCAAAGUUACGCUAGCAACGGUGGUUACCAAUAUUAAAAUCACGCAAUGUGUUCUAUCCGCGAGAUUUGGCAUCCCGUUUCCUGCCUCCCUACCUCGUAUACUCACUUUCAUGAGUUUAAAUAGAAAUAAUGGGACGCCAUGGAAAAUACUAUCUAAGCCUUGCGACCAAAACAACGAGUUCAUUUUCUUCUUAACGUUGACCAGCCAUGAAACUAAGGGUUGCGAUAUUUGGACCGGACCAAAAUCUCGCGGAAUUCAAUCCGAUCGAAGUCAAACUAAGUAUGGAAAAUAUUUAUCUGAUAAGCCGCCGUCGUCAUUCGUAUUAUAUUAUUCAACUGAAAUCUUUUUUCUUUAC